AUGGAUGUAAACCUUUCACAGCCGAUUGUGCAAUACGCGUACUUGCAACCGUUGAACAUUCUCGACGAUGUCACCGACAACAAUACUAAACAUGAACGUGAACUCGGAUCCACCGACAGUCCAGCUUUAACACCAACCAUCGAGGAAUUCGUGUCGAAGGACUUACACAGCUACUUUUUUGGUAAAGGCAAACUACUUUUUGACGAGCCCGAUACUUUGCCGAUCAUUCGGGUUACAGUGCAGCCUACUCGAACUGAUUUCGUGAUAAAAAACAAGAAAAUGCAGAAGAACAUACAACCAACUGCUGUACAAUUGCCGCAAAAACAGCAAUCUAUCAAGCCAACGAACGACGUUGAGCGAAAGGUGUCCUGUCGAAGUUGCGACAGAAAAUUCGUCACCGUUGAUGACAUGAAGAUUCACGCGGCGACUCACCUGAAGAAAAAGAAUAAGGAUUGCUUCGUUUGCGGCAGGAGAUUCAGUCACGGAGGUGCACUUUGCCUUCACAUGCGAUCCCAUAAAUUUGCACGCUCAAGAAAAUCAUGA